AUGGAGUCGAUGAAAAUAUCUCAAAUAAUUUCUGAAGAAGAUAUGCAAGAAAUGAAAGAUGCUUUAAACGACGUUGAUAUUUCAGAAGCCGCUGAACAGAUAAAGGAAGCUCUGGAGAAAGCAGAUAAUGUCCCACUGAAUAUUGCUAUAACUGGACAAUCCGGAUCUGGAAAGUCCACAUUUAUCAAUGCCAUACGUGGUCUUGGUGAUGAAGAUGAAGGUGCUGCAGAAACCGGAGUGACAGAGACCACAAUGAAGCCAACUCCUUAUCCUCACCCACAGCAUAAGAAUGUCAUUUAUUGGGAUCUCCCGGGAAUUGGGACUCCUGAUUUCAAGGCAAAUGAAUAUCUGGAGAAAGUUGAAUUUGGAAAAUAUGAUUCCUUUAUUCUUAUUGGCAAUGAACGAUUUACAGAAAAUGACGUUCUUCUGGCAGAAGCCAUUCAUUCAAAGGAAAAACUUUAUUAUUAUGUUCGAUCAAAAAUUGAUAGAGAUUUGAAUGAAUCUAAAGUGAGAAGACCAAAAUCAUACAAUGAAGAGAACAUAAUGAAAAAACUUCGGGAACACUGCAAUAAUAGCCUGAGAGGAAAAGGAGUUCUAGAAAAGUACAUAUUCCUUAUAUCUUCCUUUAACCCUCGCCUGUAUGACUUUCCUCAGCUCCAAGGGGCUCUAGAAAAUGAUCUUCCAGAUAUCAAGAGAGACAUGUUUAGACGCUGCCUGCCCAAUAUGUCCUUCCAGGUGCUGGAAAAUAAAAGGAAUGUUCUGAAGAAAUUGAUAUGGCGGCUUUCACUGGUUCAAGCUGUACUUGCUGUUGUUCAGAUCCCACAAUAUCCAUAUGUUAGUGAUACCUCUAUCCUGGAAUUAGCUUUAAAAGUAUUUCUGACAGAUUUUGGUCUUACCGAGAGUGGGGUACAAAUAAUGGCCAAUACCUUUAAUAAAGACGUUAAAGAUUUGAAAUCUGUAAUUAAAUCCCCGCUUUUCAAUAAAACAAUAGAUACAGGGUUCGUCAUUAAUCUUCUAGAGGAAAACGGAAUGAAAGCAAAGAUGACAGCUCAGUAUAUUCUCAGUUGGGUUCCAAUAAUUGGCAUUCUGCCAUCAGGUGGCCUCUCAUUUAGCAUCACAUACUCCAUGCUGAAUAAAUGUCUGGACGAGAUUGCAGAAGAUGCAGUCAACGUUCUUACCAAAGCUUUAGAAGAUUUUGUUUAA